UAAAGGAAAGAAUUAAUAAACUGCUGGACCUUUUGCCAUUCUGUGUAUAUACAGUGCUGCGAAAAAGUUUCUAUUUGUUCUAUUUUUGUGUAUUUUUCAUACUAAAUUGUUUUAGAUCUUCAGACGAGAUAUAACAUAGAACAAAGGCAACCUAAGUAAACAAAAUACAUUUUUCAUAUAUAUUAUUGAAGCAAAAAAGCUAUCCAACACCUGUAUCACCCAUGUGAAAACUGCCCCCUUAAACUUAAUAGCUGGUUGUGCCACUUUUAGCAGCAACAACUGCAAUGAAACGCUUCCGAUAACUGGAGAUCAGUCUUUCACAACGCUGUGGUGGAAUUUUGGUCCACUCUUCUAGGCAGAACUGCUUUAGUUCAGCCACAUUGGGGUUUUCGAGCAUGAAUUGCCCGUUUAAGGUCCUGCCACAGCAUCUCAAUCGGGUUCAAGUCAAGACUUUGACUAGGCCACUCCAAAACUUUAAUUUUGCUUCUUUUGAGCCAUUCAGAGGUGGACAUACUCCUAUGCUUUGGAUAAUUGUCUUGCAUAUUCCAGUUGCGCUUGAGCUUCAACUCACGGACUGUGACCGGACAUUCUCAUUUAGGAUUUUCUAUUAGAGAGCAGAAUUCAUGUGUCCCUCAAUUACUGCAAGUCACCCUGGCCCUGAAGCAGCAAAGCACCCCCACACCAUCACGCUAGCACCACCAUGCUUGACCGUAGGAACUAUCAUGCUAGAGCUUUCCAAAGAGAAGUCCAGUGCAAGUUUAUUAGAUCGACAGCUGAUUCAGUUUCAGACCUCCAUCAACAGAGUGGAAAGUGAACUCAGUGCACAGAUCCGAUACCUGACACAGGUGGCAACAGGUCAGCCUCAUGAGGGAUCAACAUACUCAGCCAGAAAGGACUGCCAGAUGGCCCUUAACCGUGCAGAAUACCCCCGUGUUAAACUGGGAGAGCUGGGACGGACCUGUGAGAUAAUGCUCGAUCCACAGACGUAAAACAUGUAUUGAAUGGAACAUUGCUUUGAAAUAUUUGGCAGUAGACGUGAUGGGAAAGGUCAAACAGCUUGUUUCAAGAUAUUUUUGAAAACAGUCUCCAAGCCACACACUGUUUCCAUAUUGUAAGGAAAAGUCGGACAACCAACCUGGUGAUUUACUAAAAUACAUCUAUCCUUUGUUGUAAAAUUGCACCAGAGCAUUUUGUCUUGAGAAAUGUUACAUGUGUACUAUUUUCCUGUUAUUGCUUUUUGUAUAAUUUUGCCAAAAGAAAAAUAAUACGUU